AUGGAUAUAUUCCUCAAGGAGAGAGACUGUAGCUUUCCCCUGCUGGAGGAGUUUCUUCCACCACCGCCACCGGUGACCGACCGAUCGUUUUGCGGAAGACUAUGGUCUACGACAGAGCGAAAGGAUAUGAUACUACCAGCUUCUCAAAAUCAUCGUCUCACGAAUAUUCUCACGUGGCAUUCGAGAAUCACCCCAAAUAUAUUCGCAGUGAUGAACGCACCAGAGCUUGACGAGAUCGAUGGUGAGCGAUUUAAAUCCGCAGUGACGGUCUCCAAGGCGAGAAGAAUGGAGCAACGUCGCGACAGUGACGACGAGAGGAGCUCCAAGACGUUGCAUCUUCUACGAAUCAAAGGAUCUCUGCGGCUGUCGCCCGAAGGCAUCUUCGUUCUGGCCGACCACUGUCGUUGGCUCCGCGAAUUAUCUCUGUCAUACUCCUUAUUGAGCGACGAGUUACUUUUAGCGUUAUGCUCGAUGAAACAAAUUCAUUUGGAGACCUUACAAGUAGAGGCAUACCCGGAAGUGAGGCCUCUUCCACGCAUCAGCGAGAAGGCAUGGUCUGCAUUCUCGAAUCAUCUGCCCAAUAUAAAUCUCGUACUAUUGUCUUACAUGACUGACGACGACGAUCAAAAAUUGUUAUUCACGACGCACGUUCCCGUAACGCAUCUCUAUCUCGGCGAUACGCCGUCGCAAGCGACGAUAUCGAGGAUUAGCGAGCAGUGUCCGCGACUGAUAGAGCUGGUGAUCGCCGCGUAUGGGUCCGGUCCGAUCGAUCGCUUCUUGAUUUCGAUGGCUAAAAGUUGCGCGCAGCUCAGCGCCGUCGGUUUAGGCGACUGCGAAAUUACUUGUUCCGGACUGGCGAGAUUCGUCGCACUCUGCGCGCGUCGUCUUCAAGCGCUGCACGUUGCGGAAACGUCGCUAAUAGAAGACGCUGAAUUCGACAUCACCAAAGUGUCAGCGAAUGUGUCGUCGCUCCUCGGUCGGACGUGGGUGCCGGAGUACGUGCCGUUAUGGUGAUCUCUCCUAAAGAAGUAUCAGCGAA